AUGUCAAACACAGGAAACAAAGAAGUCUACCCCGCGUUCGGGUGUCCAUAUCCUUACGCGGAACCUCUGUGGUACUCGCGGAACGUAUCACCGCAUUACAAGGAUUCGCAUCGGAAGCUUCGAGCUGCAGUGCGAAAGUAUGUUGACGAGGAGAUCCUUCCCAGUGCCUUUGAGUGGGAGUCAGCAGGCGAGAUCCCAGACUCGGCUUGGAAACGGCAUGUCGAGUUGGGAUACGUUGGUCUGGUAACAGGUCUGCCUUACAUCAAGAGCCCUGGAGAUAUUCCCGUCGAGGAAUGGGACUCUUGGCACUCGUUGAUUGUAAAUGAUGAGCUGUCUCGUGUGGCAUACACCGGCGUACUCUGGGGUCUCGGAGGAGGAAAUGGAAUUGGUGUUCCACCGAUUGUGAACUUUGGAACAAAGGCCCAAAAGGAUAAGUUCCUCCCUGGUGUAGCAGAUGGAAGCAUUCGAUUCUGCUUGGGAAUCACAGAACCCGAUGCUGGAUCUGAUGUUGCCGGCAUCAAAACUACUGCGAUUCGGAAAGGCAAUAAUUACAUCGUCAACGGAUCGAAGAAAUGGAUUACGAAUGCCAUCUGGGCCGAUUAUGUGACAGCCGCAGUACGCACUGGGGGGCCUGGGGCUGCUGGAGUAUCUGUCCUGAUUAUCCCUCUCAAUGUACCUGGUGUUUCAACAAGAAAGAUGGAUAACUCCGGCGUGGGAGCAUCAGGAAGUACGUUCAUAACAUUCGACGAUGUCGUCGUCCCCGCGGAAAACUUAAUACACAAAGAGAAUCGAGGAUUCGAGGUCAUCAUUUCCAACUUCAAUGCCGAAAGAAAGUCUAUCGCGACGCAAGCAAUCAGACUCAGUCGAGUGUGUGCGGAGGAUGCAUGGAGACAUGCAUGUACUAGGGAAACGUUUGGGAUGAAGUUGAUUGAGAACCCUAUCAUCAGAGCCAAGUUUGCGAAGAUGGGUAGAAUGAUCGAGCCUGCUCAAGCUUUCCUGGAACAGUUGACAUGGUUGAUAGAAUUAAACAGGAGAAGUGGCAAGGACGACGUGCGAAUUGGUGGUAUGACUGCAAUGCUAAAGGUUGUCAGUACAAGGUGCUUGGAAAAAUGUGUCAGGGAAGCGCAACAGGUUCUAGGGGGGCUCGGAUAUGCCAGAGGUGGGAAAGGUGGAAGGUACAUACUUCAUUCCUAGACACUUUGGAACAUAACUUUAUUGACCGCCCUGCAGGAUUGAAGCCAUCUCGCGGGACGUCAGGGUCAUGGCAGUUGGUGGUGGAAGCGAGGAAAUCAUGAGUGAACUUGCGAUCAGGGAGGAGACGAAGGACUUGAAAAAGUACGCCACAGCUGCGAGCAAGCUGUGACGCUGUGAACAUUUGUCUGCGUUGGGUUGUUCUUGAAACUGCGUACAUGGAUGUAUAAUUAUUCCCGAAGUGCCACGCCUGCCAAAACACAACUUAAACCUUAUUUCUCGGCUUUUGGAACUUCUGGUCCGGAUCGUCCAUCAUUAUUGACUAUUGCCAGUUGUGGAGAGGUAGAGAAAGGUUGAAAAGUACCCGCAGGAGGCUGCUUUGAGUUCGAGCUCGCAGCAUGAUGGUUCAAUUUCAUAUCCAAGCUAGAUCGAAAAAUUUCGAGUUUCCGAUUUGGCGUUUGCCUUUCUUGACAGUACGACCCUGUGGGGCAAUCGAUAAGUUACUUUGACGUUCAUGAUAGAGUAUAACUGUAACAUCGCUCAAGGUUUGUUUUUGAGAUGGUCGCUAUCACUGCACCGGUGGGACUGUGCGGCGAAGCAUCAACACAAGUCUAGCAAGGGUUUUGAGGAGCCAAG